AUGGCGAUGAGCUGCGAUCCAAGCCGUGGGGGUACAGAGACCGACCCUCAGUUCCAAACCUCCUCAUCCUCCACGGACGCAGAGCUCGCCGAUAAGAUGGCGGCUGUUUCCAUGACGCCCGCCCCUCCUAACGGGACCACCAAUGGCAUCAGGAAUGGGGCGGGGACUAAAAAAGCCCCGCCCCAAAGGCCACACCUGUCGGGCAGGAAGAUGUCUCUCCAGGAGAGAGGGACGUAUCUGUCAGCAGGAGGAGGUGCAGCAGGAGGCGCAGGUUACUCCCACAUAUCUCCACGCGUGGCCCGACGCCCCACCAUCGAGUCGAAGCGAAUCUCCAUUUCAGACGCGCAGGAUUGUACUCAGCUGAACCAGUAUAAGCUUAAGAGUGAGAUUGGGAAGGGCUCGUACGGCGUGGUCAAACUGGCGUACAACGAGGACGAUGACAGAUAUUACGCAAUGAAAGUGGUGUCUAAGAAGAAGCUGAUGAAGCAGUAUGGUUUUCCCCGUCGUCCCCCUCCCCGCGGCCCUAAAGCCGUCCAGGGGGAACAGCCGAAAGUCCUGGGCCCUCUGGAGCGGGUUUAUCAGGAGAUCGCCAUCCUAAAGAAACUGGACCACCUCAAUAUCGUCAAACUGGUGGAGGUGCUGGAUGAUCCAUCGGAGGACAACCUACACAUGGUGUUUGAACUAAUGCAGAAAGGGCCUGUGAUGGAGGUUCCCACAGACAGCCCGUUCACUGAGGACCAAGCACGACUCUACUUCAGAGACGUCGUCCUGGGCAUCGAAUACUUGCACUAUCAGAAGAUUAUCCACAGGGACAUCAAGCCCUCUAACCUGCUCCUGGGUGAUGAUGGUCAUGUGAAGAUUGCUGAUUUUGGGGUCAGUAAUCAGUUUGAGGGAAACGAUGCUCUCCUCUCCAGCACAGCCGGAACACCGGCCUUCAUGGCACCAGAGACUCUGUCAGACAACCGCAAGAGCUUCAGCGGAAAGGCAUUGGAUGUCUGGGCAAUGGGAGUGACACUGUACUGUUUUGUGUUUGGGAAGUGCCCUUUUAUUGAUGAGUAUAUUCUGGCAUUGCACAAUAAAAUCAGGACCAGACCAGUGGAGUUCCCUGACCAGCCAGUCAUUACUGAAGGACUGAAGAAUCUUAUCCUCAGAAUGCUGGACAAGAAUCCAGACACCAGAAUCACCCUUCCUGAGAUCAAAGUUGACCCCUGGGUGACCCAGGAUGGUGCAGAUCCAUUGCCUUUAGAGGAAGAGCACUGUACUGUAGUGGAGGUCACAGAGGAGGAGGUGCAGAACUCCGUGAAAUUCGUCCCCAGCUUAUCCACUGUGAUACUGGUGAAGGCUAUGUUAAGAAAGCGGUCGUUUGGGAACCCGUUUGAGUGUCCGAGCAGAAGGGAGGAAAGGUCUAUGUCUGCCCCGGGCAGUCUCCUCAUGGACUCGUGGCCGUUUCGCCCCACUUUAAAACUCCACCCUUCAUUAAGAAAGGGUAGCAGUGGAGAGGGAGGGAGAGAGGGAGAGCUGGAAGAUCUUCAUGAGGACGAGCCGCCAACCUAA